UCAUCUAAUAAAUGUCAUGUUCGUAUGAUCGUGUCAUUUAAUUUCAUUCCUAUUCCUAUCAUUUUCGUUUUCGUGUGUUUGACGACAAAGGUUACUCACAAGACAUAGUUAGUAAUAUUAAGAGCAAUAAUCAAAUAAAACAAUUAUCAUGACUACUCCUUUUCCCGGCCCCCACAUAGACCGUGAUUUAGAUUUGUCAAAUACAGGACGAGGAGUUUGGCUCGUUAAAGUUCCAAAAUACAUAGCCAACAAGUGGGAAAAGGCACCUGGCAAUAUCGAAGUGGGCAAGUUGAAGAUCUCACGAGCGCCGGGACAGAGGGCUCAGGUGCAACUAUCGUUAUCUGAAGCUGUGCUUUGUCUGAAGGAGCCUGGAGAACAAAACAUACCUAAGGAACAUCGUCUCGACGUGUCUAAUGUAACAAGACAGUCUUUAGGAGUAUUUUCUCGUGCCCCCUCAAACCCCGAUGCUGUUGUACCAGAGCCAGACAAACUUUACAUGGAAGGCAGAAUUGUACAGAAACUAGAAUGUAGGCCAUAUGCUGACAACACAUAUUACAAGUUGAAGUCCGAGUCUAUUAGAAAAGCGUCGAUGCCACAGCGGCAAGUACAACAGUUAGACAGGAUAGUACAGAACUUCAAGCCAGUUUCAGACCACAAGCAUAAUAUCGAUUACAUAAAGAAGAAGUCUGCCGAAGGAAAGAAAGCCAGGGACGACAAGGAUGCAGUUCUCAACAUGCUGUUUGCAGCAUUUGAAAAACAUCAGUAUUAUAACAUUAAGGACUUACAAAAGAUCACAAAACAACCUAUUGUAUAUCUGAAAGAGAUAUUGAAGGAAGUAUGUAAUUACAACUUGAAGAAUCCUCACAAGAACAUGUGGGAAUUGAAGCCUGAAUACCGCCAUUACAAGCUGGAGCAGGCUGCAGAAACUAAGGAGGAAAAGAACAGCUCUGAUAGUGACUAGAUCAGAGUCUGAUUACCUAGAGAGUGCUCUAGGCAAGCACCUUAUAGGCGCCCCUAAUAGUUUUUGCCCAGCCGCUCUAUGGGUGGUUGGGUACGCGCAUCAUACUGCGCCGCUCUGUAACCUGGCGCCCUAGUUACUUGUCUAGUUUGCCUUAGAGAUAGUACGGCUCUGGAUUAGAUAAAUUGUUGAAUGUGUACAAAAUUGUUAGACCAUUUAUUUUUCUAUUGGCAAUAUUCAAUAAAUAAUUAUUAUCUGCAUGGUGACAUAAAUAAAUGAAAUCAUUGAAGCAUGUAGUAUAGUAACUUGUGUUGUCAAUAUUUGUUGUGUAUAUCAACUUUCUUGUCUUCCUACAUCUAUACCUUGACUUAUUAUGAUAUUAAAAUGGGUUAGGUAGUACGUGUUAUACAAUUAUUUAAUUCGAGUGACAUCUCUGUUCUUAAAAACAAAAUUUUUCAUGCAAUUGUACAGUAAAAUAAAUGGCGAAACAAAAUCUGUACCUGUGUAAACAAUGUAAUGUAAGAAACUUGUACCUAGUUCUGUUUUCCAAAAAUAUUCCCUGUUUAGGGUAUGUUAGAGACAAACUAAUCAAGUGUACAUAGCUUUCAUGAGACUGUAUAUAUUCUGAUAGUUAUAAGAUUGAUUACAAUAAAUGAUUUCGUAAAGAA